UUACCACGAAAAUGUGUUUUUCCGUGGUUUUAAAUUGGAAAAGAAAACAAAAUUGGGCUUAUAUUAUGAUAUUUCUUCUGACUUUUCUCAUUUUUCUCUAUUACUACUCGGGGCCAGGUUUUAUGGACCACGCAAAGCGUGAAGGAGAAGAGAAUAACAUCGCCUUUGUCAUGGAGGUGAAGCCGACCAAAGAUGGUUCCCAAAGUCGGUUCGUCUACCGAUUCAAACAAUGCUUAGCUUCUGUCUGUCAACGCUCCAGCAUUAAUCUCACAGUCUACAUCUUCUCCAAUCCACUAGGCAAAGACGAGUCUUUGAAAGUUCUCGAAGAAAUAGCUCCUUAUUGCACCAUUAGCUACAGGGUAAAAUUCUACGAUGUCGAUGAGGUGAUAAGAAACAUUCUACCAUCUAUAAACGUGAUUAAGGACGCAAUUGAAGUUGGUGGCCGUAAUAAUACAAGAAAAGCUCUCUAUUAUCUCCCAAUAUUCAUGAUCGCAUUUUGCCUGAAGAUGUGACAAGAGUCAUUUUGAUGGAUGCUGACUUUUUCUUUUACACUGAUAUCAAACAACUGUUUGAUCACUUUGACAACUUCAAAGAUUCAACUAUUUUUGGCUUAGCUUAUGUGCAGAUACCAACCUACAAAGUUGGCUUUAAGGAAUACAGAAAAAACCAUCCAGGAACGAAGAUAGGCGAUCCACCUCCCAAUGGCGUCACGGGAUACAAUGGAGGUCUUAGCAUGCUUCACCUGAGUAACAUACGAAAGUCAAAGCAUUACAAACAAAUCCUGCUUAACAACGAAAUGAAACAAUAUGCAGUGAAGUACCAAUUUCGAGGAACUCGAGCUGAACAAGAUUUCUUUGUUUUGUUGGACGUAGAACAUCAUGAUGAGUUGUUUUACGUGGUUCCUUGUCAGUGGAAUCGUCAGCUAUGUAUACAAUAUACAAGAUCUGUCGACUAUGAAAAGUAUCGUGAUUGCCCUGAGCCUAUUCAUGCCUAUCACGGCAACUGUAACGCAAAAAUGCCCACGAUUGAUGAUCCUCACCCGU